UCUGCUGUUUCAACGUUUAACAAAUUAGGUUUUCAUUCAACUUCUCCUCUUCUUCUUCUUCUUCUUUGCCUCAAAACUCUUUAAAUUUUUAAACUUUAUCUCCCAAUCGAUCCGUAUACUUCCGUUCAUUAUCGUCAUAAAUCCCACAAUAAAAUCUAAAUUCAUUUCAAACAAUUCAAACCUCAACUCUCCAUCUCCCGUAUCAGAAAAUGAAACCGUCAGUUGAACUGGAACUAUAUAAAUUAGAGAAUUAUAAGAGGAAGAUCAACCUACUGAUCCCGUUUCUGAUAUCCUCCUUCCUCAAAAUUGCGAAAUGGCUUCGUCUGCUACUAUCGAUUCUCAACAACCUCUUCCUCACUCCCCCUUCGCUGCGCUUCGUCUGGGUAGAUCUUCUCAAUCUAUCCAUGCCCGCCUGCUCCGUUUUUGGGACUCCUCAAAUUUCAGCAACCCCAAUGAAUUCAAGGGAAUCACUUUGCUUUUCCUUGAUGAGAAGGAUUCUAUGAUCAACGGCAUCAUUCAUGCUGAACAGGCCAAUCACUACCGUCGGUCCUUACAAGAAGGUGACAUCUACAGAGUUGCCCACUUUGAAGUUGGAAUAUGCCCACAUGUGUACAAGAGUACAGAGCAUACCUUCCUAAUCCGAUUCCUCGAAGAAACAACGAUUGAUUCAAUCAUCAACAAUUGUCCUCAUAUCAGCCUACAAAAAUUCAUGGUUCGCAACUAUGAACAACUCCAGAUCCUUGCCAACACCAAUUUAGAACUCCCUGAUGUUGUUGGUCAAAUCCAAACGGUCAAAGGUUAUGACCUUAAGAAAGCUGAAGUCAUUUGCCCACUUCUCAUACGUCUUAGCAUUGCCCCGAACAUCGAAGUGGACGUGUCUUUAUGGGACACAGCUGCAGCAACGUUUAAGGCAGUCUUAAACUCAGGAGAGAAAGCCUACACUGUUAUGGUGGUCACAAGUGUGGCCCCAGAAAAAAUAGGAGAUAAGCUAUACCUUAGCUCCACCCCAGCAACCAAGUGUUUUUUCAGCCCCACUCUCCAAGCCAUCACAGACUUUACAAUGAGCUUGAGAGGUGCAGUCACCAAUUUGGACGACAACACGGAGAACGCUACCUGGCCCCUUAGCUCAAUUGGAGAUCUCAGCUACUUCCUCUCCAAUCCUACCGACCAGGAACCUUAUUUUGUCUGCAAAGCCCGGAUAGUUGACGUCUUAGGCCAACAUGGCUGGUACUACGUUUGUUGCACUCAGUGCAGCAAAGAAAUGGUGAAAUCAGCUGCCUCUCUCCGCUGUGACCAAUGUGGUAACACCAAUGACACCGGCGUUGUUAGGUAUCGUGUUGAAUUGUUGGUUGAUGAUGGGAAUAAUUAUGCAACUUUUGUGGUGUUCGAUAAGGAGAUGCUCGAGAUGACUAAUCAACAUGCAGCUACUCUCUUUAUGAACGAGGUCAAUGUUGGUCUUGACGACAAACUCCCGCAAUGCGUAUCAGGACUUGAAGGGCAAACUUUUGUUUUUCAUAUACGUGUCAAGCCAUGCAACUCCACCCAGAACUACAGUCCCUUUACUGUUUCUGCUAUCAGUCACAAUAUUGACACCAAGGAUUUCAACAUCAAGGAAAGCCCCUGUGUUGAUCUUAGAUGUGAUGAACCAUCCACUCCCCCUCCAGCCAACAACACGUUAACAGCUGAGGUUGAAGAAGGUGAACGCAGCUGCUCCCGUGAGUGAAUGCUUGAAAGCAACCAAAGCGUCAGCCCAACUAUGCCUCCAAGUCUUCCUCAGUUUUAAUAUUACUAUGCAUUUCAAGUUUAACUCUUUGCAACC